AUGCUGGCGCUGUUGGGGGCCAUCCGUAAGGCGGUGAGCUGCCACGUCUCGGCGCUGCCGGUGGCCUACCGCACCCGCGCCGACGAGCCGACCUUCAUGUCGCUCAGCGACCCGGAUUGCGCCUGCCUGCCGGAGGGACGCGCCUUCCCCACCGCGCUCGACAACCUCGCCUGCAACCGCUACGAGAUCGCGGAAUUCACCAAGGACGCGCGGGCGCUCGGCGUCAACUAUCUCGGGGUCUGUUGCGGCGCGGCACCCCACCACAUCCGCAGCAUGGCGGAGGCGCUCGGCCGCCACCCGCCGGCGAGCAAGUACUCGCCCGACAUGUCACGGCACGCUUACCUGGGCACGGUCCCCGAGAUUCCGGCCGCGAAUAGAGAGUUCGCGAAGAACCUCUAG